UAUAGGGGGAGCAUAUACAAGGGAAUCGCGGAAUGAACACCUUACGGGAACGGAUUCCAAACUGGAUCAAAAUGUGUCUAUUUACGCGGUGUUCUCGCCGUGAACUGGACUGAUUUAAGUAUAGGUCGACAGCCUCCUUUUUACAUUAACACACCUUUCAUCCCUGUCAGUCCUAAAGGCUGCUGUGUGCUUCUGUUCGUUUGGAAAUUAUUACUUGCUGUGCACCGUAGCUAGACACUAGACAUGCUUUCUCAUUUGAAUUCCAGCGCUCUUGCUGUAGUUCUCAUGUGUGGUUACUGUGUACUGGCAGAAACCAUUUUUACUAAUUUAACUUCGCACACCGAGGCUCACUCGAGUUUCAUCCACCGGCGUCUGAAGAGCCAGGAACGCAGAGAGUUACAGCGGGAGAUUCUAUCUAUACUUGGGCUCCCCCACCGGCCCCGGCCGCACCUCCAAGGGAAACUAAACGCAGCCCCUAUGUUCAUGCUGGACCUGUACAACGCCAUGUCCGAGGAUGGCUACUCUUAUCCGUUCAAGCCCAUAAUCACCACACAAGGACCCCCAAUCGCAACUCUUCAGGACAGUAAUUUCCUCAGCGAUGCCGACAUGGUCAUGAGCUUUGUCAGUCUAGCGGAGCGUGAUAAAGACUUCCUGCCGGCCUGGCGGCACCACAGAGAGUUUCGCUUUGACCUGUCGCGGAUCCCGGAGGGAGAGGCCAUCACGGCUGCGGAGUUCCGCAUCUACAAGGACGCCGUCCAGGAGCGUUCUGAGAACGCGACCUUCCGCAUCAACGUCUACCAGGUGUUGCAGGAGCACCCUGACAGGGAAUCAGAUCUCUUCCUGCUAGACACGCAGGUGCUCUGGGCAGCGGAGGAGGGCUGGUUGGUGUUUGACAUCACUGCAACCAGUAACCACUGGGUUCUGAACCCAGCUGGGAAUCUGGGCCUGCAGCUGGUACUGGAAGGCUUUGAUGGUCAGAGUGUGAAUCCCACGAUGGCUGGCCUGAUUGGCCACAGCGGGCCUCAGAGCAAGCAGCCCUUCAUGGUGGCCUUUUUCAAGGCCGCUGAGGUGCACAUCCGUAGCGUUCGUUCUGCCGGUGGCAAACAACGCAACCCCAACCGCUCCAAGGCCCAGAAGAGCCCGGCAGCCAUGAAAGCAGCCAACUACGCAGAAACCAGCAUCAUUGACCAGAAACAGGCCUGCAAGAAGCACGAGCUGUACGUUAGCUUUAGAGACCUCGGCUGGCAGGAUUGGAUUAUUGCACCGGAGGGCUACGCUGCGUACUACUGCGAGGGCGAAUGCGCAUUCCCACUCAACUCGUACAUGAAUGCCACCAAUCAUGCCAUUGUGCAGACGCUGGUUCACUUCAUUAACCCCAAAACGGUGCCGAAGCCCUGCUGCACUCCCACCCAGCUCCACGCCAUCUCCGUCCUCUACUUUGACGACAGCUCUAACGUCAUCCUCAAGAGGUACCGCAACAUGGUGGUCAGGGCCUGCGGCUGCCAUUGACACCAUCCAUGCCACCCAUAAGUGUAUGUCACCAUUCCCAAGAUGCAGUGGGGCCUGUGGACAAGCUGGAGAACCGACAUCAUUUCAGUGGGGCUGAUGCCACCCACUCAUAUUGACAACCUACCAUCCACACUCCAUGGAUAGACAGGCGGGUUUUUGGUCCUGCCUACACACUUUCACCUGGAUUACAUGUACCUCCCCUCUACCUGCUGUACAGGCAAAGUGGACCAGCCCUCUCUGUGCAACCAUGGCUGUGUGGGAAGACUAACAGUAAUCCCUCCCAUACAGACUGUGCACAAUCAUACAGUUCAAUCUACGGACUUAAGUUAUCUGCCAUGUUAUCUGCCUACCAGGGAGAGACUGUGCUGAUGAAUUCAGAAGGGACUAUAUCAGUCUACUAAGGAGGGAGCCAGCUAUUUCUAAUGAGGGAUCCUACUAAUCUCCCUGGGAAGGACCCUAUAUAUCCUCUAGGAAGGGACUGUAUAAAUGGUUUGGUACAGAUGCUUUUGAUCACAUCUGUAGCAUUGCCAUGACUGGGUAAUAUGUCCCAUGUUCCAUGCUCUUCCACAUACAUAUUUUUCUGCUGACAUCCUUCUAGUUACAUUUUGCUGUUAGGAUUUGGAUAGGUUAAAUGUAAACCGGUAUGCAUUCAGGCAUCUCACACACAGGCACUGUAAUCUCACAGAUUCAAAGGUGUCUUUUUCCUCCCCUUUUCAUUAUAAAAUCUUGUGAGAAUUGAUGUAAAGUCACAGUUGCACGGUGGUGUCCCUCUGUCACGCAUGCUUGCCACUAUUCCCGGGGUAGCCAAAUCUUCUGCACAGGACAGUUUCUCCUGCCUUUGAGCUUUUCCCUCAGUGCAUUAAUGUUGGUCUCACAUUUACAGACAAACCCUCCUGCUCGAGGGCGAAUUGUUCUCAGGACUCAAAGGAUGAUUUGGGAACCAGUGCUUAUUUUGUUCUGACUUCAGCACAUUCUUCCUCCCUCUGGGCAUGUAUGGUCUGACAAACUGAUUGCAAUUUAGUUGAAGUAAAUUAAUUUUAUGUGCUAGUCUUCAGCCCAGUCUAUACCAGAGCAUACCAGAAAUAUGACUUAUGAUUUCUGUUUGUAGUAAUGUUGGAGAAAUAUCAGUGUCCAGUUAGAGUACGUGGUACGUCACCAGCCCCGUAACACCUGUAUUUCUGUAUAUACAUGUAUACUGUGCAUAUAAUAUAUAUUCAUUUGGAAGUAAUUACCUUCAGCAUUAUUUUUCAUGAAAUGAGAGAGUUAUUUAGACAGACAUCCCCACAGAAAUAAACUUAAGGAAAUAGAUAUAAUUCCUGAGAAAGGGGUAGAAUUAAGGAAUAGGGAGGUAGGGUGGGAGCGGGUGUGUUGAUUAAUUGGUGGAGGUAGAGGGAAAUGUGCGCUUUCUGCAUUUGUGCAUGUUGAAUGACUUUCCCGACAUAGGGGUGACAUAGCUCAGGAG